GGCUCCCCACAUUUCACUUACCCCUUCGCUGUGCCCCUAAGAUCUACCAACCAGUCUUAGGUCGUUAUUGUACCGCAUUGCCUUGGCGCUUACCUCCCGCGCCGCGGAACUCCUAUUACCGUGCUGUAGCCUUUUCCUGCUAGCAUUUGACUUGCAGAGCGGUUCCAGUGACUGGCUGGCAUUUGACUGGCCAGUGGUUCUUUUUAGGGUUCGCGCCUCGAAUUCCAUCCGUAGCUCGCGCGAUUCGCGCAUAGAAACUAGACGACUUUUAGGCCGAUUUAGGAGAUUUUUUUUUUUUUCGGGCUUUAACGACUUAGGAGUAACCUCCGCGUCAAACUUCUGACGUAUUACCAUGAGGAGAGAACGACGAGUCUAUUUCUGCGGCGCCUAAAGCGCGUAAAAUAAUAAUCCACCGCGUCCAGCUUCGCCAGCUUCUCCAGCUACUGACAUGCCAUGAGGAAAGAACGAAGAUUGCGGGACUCGCAUCCCGUGGUGAAUGCCGUAGUGGUUCGCAACCCGGGUCACUCUAGUUGCCGUAGACACUCUAGCGUGGUCGCAGCAUUCAGAGUCUAGCCCGUCGUUCUUCUACCGGUGGCUGUGGCUGUGGCUGUGGCUGUGGCUGUGUCUGCGGAUAAUACUCAAGAACACCCGCCUUCUGAAUCGACUCAAAAGACCCCCCCCCCCCCCCCCCCCCCUUCUUUUCCUUCCGACGCGCCCCUGCUCAACAGUACUCUCUCUUAUUUCCUCCCUUCCCGCGUGUUUAAGGCGAUCACAGCUCUCCUCUCUCGCUCGCUCCCCACAUCCUUACUAUGACUCAGAGCGAAGCAGCAGCCAGAGCGGCAGCAGCGGCGAAAGCCACAGCCGCCACUGCCGCGUCAAUCACAGCAAAAGCCGCCGCUAAAGCCGCUGCGAAAGCGUCCGCUACCGUCAGGGCUGCUGCCAGCACCGCUGCUGCUGCGACGGAUUCUGCUGCGACCUUCGCCCGUCAGCGAUGGCAUACGACGUACGCCUGGUUACUCGCCGUUUUCGCCGCUCUCUACCGCCACCCCCACGUGCAGAAGCUCCUUAAAGCCGAUUUGUCCGUCAUCCGUGACGUCAUUGCUUCCUCCACCGCCUCAUGCUCCCCCAGCGGCAGCAGCAGCGACCGCGCAGCCCCGUCGUCUUCCGCCUCCGCCGCUUCCGCCCUCUCCCCUUUCCCCCCAAUCCCCCCCGCCCUUCGCGCGACCCUCCGCUCCGUCUCCGCCUGCCUAGCGCCCGCCUUCGGCACGCUGCUUAAAGCCGUCCUUCUCCUCGCGGUGACUCUCGUGCUGGCGCCCCUUAUAAGCUCGCUCCUUGCAGUCACGCUGGUGCCGCAGCCAGAAGCGCCGCAUCCCACGGUGUGCCGCGUGCCGGAUUAUCUGGAUAAGCCGGAUGCAGAGGCGCGGCUGCACAGCCUGCCGGUGCUGUAUUUCAUAGCUGGCCUGGAGACAGCCGGCCAGAGCGUGUAUUACACUCUCUUCAGCGAGCUAUACGAGGGCGUGAAGAAGCAGCAGCAGCAGCAGCACGUGGGUGAGAUGGAGCCGGAGCAGGAGUGGAACCAGACGGAGCUGCUGCUGACGCGCAGCAAGGCGCAGAUCGUCGAUGUCUCGCUGCCCGGCCGCAAGAUCUACACCGAGUGCCCCCGGAUAGAGUACUCCCGCCAGGCGUCCGACGUCGCUGCUCUCAUCUCCUCCAAGAUUGCGCCCCUGCAGGUGCAGGCAUCAGCGGGGUUGCGGCAGCGGCAGGGCCGGCGGGCACCCGUGCUGCUGCUGGCGAACUCGUCGUUCCCCAUGGGCGCGUCUCUGCGCACGCCGCUCGCCCGCCCUGACCUCGUUUCGCUGGGGCUCUACCACGGGUUGCUGUACCGCCUCAAGGUGAUAGUGAGUGUGAAGAACAUAUCAGACGUGAUGGCAUCAGCCAUCAGAGCGCACUACGACAACGACGACCCUGGCUUGCAGGUGCGCCUAGUGGAGGACAGUCUGGUGUACCUGGACGCGUCUCUGCGCCAACUACCAUGCGGAACAUACGCCAUAGUCAACCUCGACCAUCUCAUGUCCUCUCCAUCACCGCCUUUCGUCUCGCAGCUCGCGCGCUUCCUCGACCUGCACGGGGUGCGGGAGGAACAGCUCCGCACUGCCCUGCGCCGCACGCGCACCGUGUGGGCGCGCCCCCGCCCCCCGACAAUACCUCGCUUCAACGGCGAGCCCGUUGCAGCUUUCUUCCGGCGGCGGCGGCAUCUGUGGCCGCUGCUAGCAGGCACACAGGAGGAUUUCUUCUCUGCAGGAAGCCCAGCGGACUGGCCUUCUGGUGUUCCCUCUCGCCGUGACCCGUGGACUUGAACCGUUCUGCACCGCUAUGAAUCGAUACGAGCCGUUGUGCGCCUUAGGAAGUCUCUCAAAGUGGCUGGGCCACCAAGGCCUGGCCUGGCCUGGCUGGUUGGCAUUUCUUGUACCAUGAUGGGUAUUAUAAUUUGUGGCUGGAAUGUCGUAUCCCCGUGUAAGAGUAAUACACAUCCAUGGUUGUUGCACACUGAUGAGGGUCAUUUUUUUGGGUUGCGGAGUGUUGGGCUGAGAAAUGCCCUUGGGAUCUAUCCAUAGACUAAGUCCCAGUUGUAAAAGACUUGAGUAGUGCAGCGGAAGUUGAGUAG